GACCGACUGACUCUCAAAGAAGACGCACAUUUAUGACGCAUGCUUGACAUUGGUAUGGAGCGUUGUGGAAAGCUCAGCAGCUACGUUUAAUCAUGGCUGUUUCAAGAUCAUUUUGUGGGUUCCUGGCUGGUAUUCCAUCACUAACGCAACAAAAGGCUUUCAGUGUGUCAGCAUCUGUAGCAGCCAUUCAGAAAUUGACAAGAGUGCGAGUUGUGGAUAACAGCUCUCUUGGUAACACUCCACACCAUCGUUCUCCUCGAGUCAUUCAUGUAUACACCAAGAAUGGUUUUGGAAAGGUUGGCGACCGGGUUUUACUUGCCAUCAAAGGACAGAAGAAGAAGGCUCUGAUUGUUGGGCAGAAAAUGCCUGGAGAGCGGAUGAGCCCACGUUUUGACUCAAAUAAUGUUGUUCUUAUUGAAGACAAUGGCAACCCCACAGGAACUAGAAUUAAGGUUCCAAUACCAACGCAUCUGCGCAAAAUGGAAGGAGACUAUUCCAAACUGUUAGCAAUUGCUAAUAGAUUUGUCUAGUAACACAGGAAGCUUCUCUUGGAAUAUGUCAUACCAUUUAAUCAGAUGUUUCUAAUGUAAAUUCCCUGUCUCGGGUUUAUGGUUCAUCAUGCAGAUAUGCACAUGUAUAUUGACUGUUCAUUUGUCGAAGUCAAAUUUCUUGAUAAAUAAAUGUAUCUAAUCUCAUAGAAGGUUCUGUUUAAAUUUCUGUUUUAGUUUAACUAAUCUAGGCG